GGUUGUAAACAUGACAGCUAGAAGGAACGGUUGAAAGUUAACUUCGAGUAGGAGGGGUAUUUGUUUUUGCAAAUUUUGCUCCUUUUCUGCAAAAAUAUGGCUGAGCAAGAAGAAUAUGAUAAUCUGGCGUAUGUACAGCGAUUGAAGGCAGCUGUUCAUUACAGCGUUGGGCAGAUAUGCGAGGAAUUGUCCCAGGAGCUCGAUGUUACGUUCUCUCGUCAGUUUACUGCUGUUCUGUCUGAAGCAACCUUCAAACAAUGUGCGAUUUUUGCUACAGACCUGGAGCACUUUGCACAGCAUGGCAGGCGAUCAGUGAUCAAUGCUGAUGAUGUGAAGUUAUUAGCUCGACGAAGUGCUCCAUUGGCUAAGCACAUCAGAGAUCUGAACGAGCAGCAAAACCAGGAAAACGAAGCAGAGAAGGAACGACGGAAAUCCAAGAAGGUCAAGAAAGCCAGUAAGAGCAGCGCUGUGGACUGACAAGAACAGAUCACAAUACUUGCUAGACAUAUUAAGAUACAUUUAUAGCUGUUAUGUCCCAACUUGUCCCAACUAUAAUUGGGACGAUUCCGACUAUACAUGUAGUUAGAAUUUCCCAAUUAUUGUUGCGACAGUCCCAACACUACAUGUAGUUGGACAGUCCAAACUAUAGUUAGGACCAUUAAUUGCCAUUUGGGGCGAAACACCCAUACUGAUGAAAAAUCUGACCAUUUGUAUAUUUCAUUUGUUGGGGGUUUGGGAGUGCGUUUACAGUUGCGCUAGGCUUAGGGAAAUUAUUGGAAGUUUAUUAACCUUUCCAAGAUCCAAGUUAUGGUAAGGAGUAUCGUCCUGAAGUCAACUAAAAUCAUUCUGGGAUGCAAGAAUUAUAGACUACAUCUUCAGCAUUGAUUUUUCUUAAAACAUGCUUUAAUAUGGGCACAUUCUUCAAAAAUUGUUUAACUCAAAAUUUCAUUGUCUCCCGGUUAUUAUGUACAAAUAAAGAGGCGAGAAUCUACA